CUAAGUUCGAAACUGGAUCUAAUUAUCCAGAACCUGGAGCCAGAAGAACUUAUCUCUAUAAUAAAAGAGGUCUACAUACUGGCAUUCUCUCCAGAGGCAUGGGACACGACACAAUAUGGACUUGAAUUUCGAAGUCUCUGCCGGCUUGUCCAGUUAAUCAGCAUCUUCCUUUCUUUGCGUAAAGCAGUCAAGAAUGGCGACAUCGGCUGGAUUAACCGUUUAAUCGACCCACUUGCAGUUAUCUUCUACGCAACUGGACAGCACAAGUAUGGUGAUAAAAUGCUCCAUCUUCGUUGGGUAUUAUCUGAAUGCGUUUCAGAGAAGAUUCUCCGCGACGCAAUACUAUCAUCUAGUCUUAUGAAUUUGCAUAGCAAACCAGGCCAGUUUAAGGCUAUUAAUCUAGCCCUUAAACACGUUAAUUGCGUAUACAAGAUUAAUAUAAAGUUGUUGAAGAAUUCAACACAUAAUGCAGACAAAACCUUUAGUAGAGUCGCAUUAUUAAGUAAUAUCUUCUCUAAGAUUCGUGGAGUAUGGGAGAACUCAUUUGGUUUUACCCAAAGCGAUCGACAUACCACUAAAGCUGAUUAACGGGAUAUCUUUAGUCGCGCGCUUCAACUAUAUCUACGCAGUCCUUUGCUCACCAUCUAACCUCGUGAAGCUGUUGGUUGGGACGCGCCUGAUAUCUUCCGGAUUGGUGCUGAGGUCUUAGAACAAAAGGUCAAUUCCUUCAACAAUCGGAUACCAGUCCGCUCUAGUAUCAUCCCCCAGGCUGAUCCUGACCUUAAUGAAGAGAUGGAUUUGGAUCUUCAUAACCCUGAGAUCUCACAAGCAAUUACCUACUCUGAGGCUUGUGAAGAUGGGCUUGUUGAAGAUGAUGAUAUUCUUUGACUGCGUUAUCGCUCACUUCAAAGUGCAAUAUCCCUACCAAUCUUUCAUAUUUUUCAAAAAUGAUAACAUUGCUGGAAUCUUCUUAUUAAGGUCUACAAGAUGAUGUAUAUAUAAUCAU